GGACGCAUGAUGCUGUGAACGUCUGGGCGCCCAGCAGGGGAAAGACGCUAACCAGAGGGGUGGAGCCUGGAGAAAGGCCAUGUCCGGUCUGCGGAUGCUGCUACUGCUGCUCCUACUCCCCGUGCAGCUUUCCAAGGCCCUUCCACUGCCUUCUCAACACAAUGAAGAGAAAACUAUAAAAAUUGUUCAGAAUUACCUAGAAAAGUUCUACCAAUUACCAAAGAUCAGAUCUCAGUCUGCAAGGAUGCACAGCAACAGUGUGAUUGUUGAAAAGCUGAAAGAAAUGCAGCAAUUCUUCGGACUGAAUGUGACCGGGAAGCCAAAUGAGGAAACCCUGGAGAUGAUGCAAAAGCCUCGAUGUGGAGUGCCGGAUGGCGGCGAUUUCAUGUUAACUCCGGGAAACCCCAAGUGGACACACAAUAACCUGACCUACAGGAUUAUUAACUAUACCCCACACCUGUCCCAGGCUGAUGUGGAAGCAGCUAUUAAGAAAGCCCUUAAAAUCUGGAGUGAUGCAUCGCCCCUGACCUUUGCUAUCUCACGGGGAAAAGCAGACAUCGAUAUUGCUUUCGUCCAAAGAGUGCAUGGUGACAAUUCUCCAUUUGAUGGACCUGAUGGAAUCCUUGCUCAUGCCUUUCAGCCAGGCCAAGGUAUUGGAGGAGAUGUUCAUUUUGAUGCAGAAGAAACCUGGACCAAAACCUAUGAAAAUUACAACUUGUUUCUUGUUGCUGCCCAUGAACUUGGCCAUUCCUUGGGGCUCUCUCACUCCUCCGACCCUGGUGCCCUGAUGUAUCCCAACUACGCUUACAGCGAACCCAGCACCUACUCACUCCCUCAAGAUGACAUCAAUGGCAUUCAGGCCAUCUAUGGACCUUCAAACAGCCCUGUCCAACCAACAGGAUCGAGCACGCCCACAGGCUGUGACCCCCGUCUGACGUUUGAUGCUAUCACUACGUUGCGAGGGGAAAUACUUUUCUUCAAAGACAAAUACUUCUGGAGAAGGCAUCCUCAGCUACAAAGAGUCGACCUCAAUUUUAUUUCUCUGUUCUGGCCAUCCCUGCCCAGUGGUAUACAGGCUGCUUAUGAGGAUUCUGACAGGGACCUAGUUUUCCUAUUUAAAGGCAACCAAUACUGGGCUCUGAGUGGCUAUGACAUCCAGCAAGGUUACCCCAAGGAUAUAUCAAACUACGGCUUCCCAAGCAAUGUUCGAGCGAUCGAUGCAGCUGUUUCCUACAGGACAAAAACAUACUUCUUUGUAAACGACCAGUUCUGGAGAUAUGAUAACCAAAGACAAUCCAUGGAACCAGGUUAUCCCAAAAGCAUAGCAAGUACCUUUCAAGGAAUAGAAAAUAGAGUUGAUGCAGUUUUCCAGCAAAAUAACUUCUUCCUUUUCUUCAGUGGACCCAGAUAUUAUGCAUUUGAUCUUAAUGGUCAUAGAGUCACCAGGGUUGACAGAAGUAUUCGAUGGCUUAAUUGCAGAUAA